AUCAAAAAAAUUUUUUUUUUUUUUAAAUUUAUUUCUGUUUUUGUCGUUUGGAGCUUCAAACAAUUUGAUUCAUAGUUUAUAUCCAUAUCCACUUGAACAUCCGGUACAUUAAUUGUACACGAUAUUGAUUCACGAUCAGAUUUUCAAGUUCAUUUGAUGAACGUGAAUUAGUGAAAACAACAUUGUCAAGAAAUGUCAUCACCACAAAGCCAUCGUCAUCAUCAUCGUCAUCAUCAUCAUCCUCAUCAUCAUCAUCGAACAAAUAAAAUAAAUGAGAACUAUUCGAAUGAACGUUAUGUAUCCAUAUUGAAUCAUUGUUUUGAUGAUAUCGAAACAUUCAUUUCACGAUUACAACAAAGAAAAUUACAAAAACGUAAUCAUCAUAAACGUGGAGGAUCUAGUGAUGGAUUUCUAACCAAAUAUGCACCUGGUUCAUGUGAUGAGGAAUUUUUUGAAAUUCUUUCCAAAUUUAAAUUGGCAUUUAAUUUAUUAGCUAAAUUAAAUGGCUGUAUACAUGAUCCAAAUGCACCGGAAUUGGUACAUUUCCUUUUCACACCUCUUGCCAUUAUAAUACAAGCUGCACAUGAAAAUGAGCCACCAAUGGAUCCAUCUUUAGUUGAAAUUCCAUACUUGAGUCCGGAUGCUAUCGAAUUUUUAUUAAAUUGUUGUACAAGUAUAGAAUGUGAUCUUUGGCGUUCACUUGGUGAUAAUUGGAGAAAAUCAGUUAAGCAUAUUCGUAUGACAAGCCCAUUUCAACCGAUAUUUAAUGAUGGUUGGACACCGGCCAUCACUGAACCAGAAUUAUUGGGAAUAAUAAUACCAACAUUGAUGGCUACUGAAAUCGAUAUGGAUCAAGAGGAAAUCAUUACAGCACGAUCGUCAUCUAUUCCAAAUAAAUCUCGUAGUCCAACUAGUUUUGAUGAUGAUAGUGAUUAUGAAGAUCAACAUACUAAUGGUGAUAAUAAUCCUCGAAUCAUUGCUCAUUAUCAUCAUCAUCAUCAUCAACAGCAACAACAUGGUAAUCGGCCAUUGUCAUCACCAAUCGGUUCGAUUGAACAAGAUGAUCAAUUACCAUCAUCACCAUCAUUAUCAUUGACAAUGGUUGAUCAUAAUAAUAUUAAUAACAAUGGUAAUAGUAAUGAUCAACAAACAAUCAAUGUUGUACAAAUGGAAUGGCUAGCUGAAUUACAAUCACGGAAUGCUACGAAAAUUGUACGUGUACAAUUUCCACGUACAGCUAAUAAUAAUAAAGAGCUAACUGUAACAAGAGGUGAAAUCCUAGAAAUACUUGAUGAUUCACGUAAAUGGUGGAAAGCAAGAAAUUCUCUUGGUCAAAUAGCAUAUGUACCAAAUACGAUUGUUGUUGAAAUUGAAUCACCAAUGAUGAAGACGAUGACGGCAGCUAAUAAAUUGAACAAUACUACACACCGAGAGGAUGGAAAUUAUCAUGUCUAUUCAGAAAUUAUUCGUAGACAUUCAUCAUCAUUAUCACCGACAAAUCGUCAAAGAUUACAUAUUGAGAAAAAAAAUUCCUUCAAAAAUAAUAAACCAAUGGAAAUUAAGAUGAAAAUUGUGCCAUCACCACCGCCACCACCACCACCAUUAACACCGUCACCAUCAACACCACCAUCGUUUACCAUUAUACAAUCGCCAAAAAUUGAAAUAAACAAGCAACAACAACAACAACAACAAUCAGAAUCAUUUGUGGAUGAUAAAAUAUCCACAUCAUCAUCAUUAUGUUCAACAUCAUUGAUUAGUUUAUCACAAUUUUCUAUCAAUACCUAUGAUACAAUUGAACAGGAAUUGAAUGAUCGUUUCAAAAAUCCAAUGAUUAUGGGACAAACGGAUAAAACAAAAAAUCACGAUGAAUUCAUGUCAAGAUAUAAUGGUAAAAAUGAAAAUAAUUUCACCGGUGAAGAUUUAUCAAUGUUUUUAACAUUCAAAGAAUUUCCACCAGAAUUGAUAAAUUUUGUUGAAAAUUUAUUUCAAAUCAAAGAGAUUCGUUGUAAUCUAUUCCAUUGGAAUAAAAAUGAACUUCGGGCAAAUAUUCCAAUGAACAUUGCAAAUGAUUUUCUUAUACAACGUCUUUGGAGUAAUUUAUUAUUAUUGAAAAACAUGGUAAAACCAUCAAAAAUGGAUACAUUGGCAAUCAUAUUAAAACAACGUAAACGAUUAUUGAUUGAAAAAAUGAAAAAAGAUUCCGAUACGGCUGCAGAGAAAUCCAAUUCAGAUACAUUGAAUGAUAAAAAGUGACGAUAAUGGUGAUUCAAAUGUUUGAUGAUCUUUGGAUAAUUGCCAAAUAGUUAAUAUUUUUUUAUCGAAAAAAAAAUUUGAAUAAAAAAAACAUUUUUUCCAUUGCGAAAUUCAA